UAAUCUCAAACGAAAAUCUUACUCGAGUUUGAGGGCGAGGGACGAGAUCGAGCGGCACUACAGGGAAAGGAGGCCAGAUUGGGCCGCACGUCGGCGCACGUGGGCCCCACUGGCUGUUUUAAAAUCCCCGCCAAAGGAGUAACACGACAUUACCGGCGCCGUUCACACGGACUCCGCGCCAAAAACACUUUCCCGAGGCGUCGUAUGCGGCCAUGCGGGACCGCCUUAUAUUUUCCUUAACAAGUAAGCAAUAGUAGUACUUACGCCGCCGCACUGAGCGCCCACCCGCAUAAUUACAUUCUGUUCCCCAUCGCCGCUAAUCAAUCAUUGCAAAAGCGCGGAGAGGAAGAGCACGCUCAACCCAGUUUGCUCCAAUGGUGGGGGCAAGGGACGGAGAGGAGAUCGAGGAAUCGGGGGGGAGGAGGAGGAGAGGAGAGGAGGAGAGGGAUACGGCGGCGGAGGCGGAGGCGGGCGCGGGGGCGGGGGAUCCGAUGGCUGUGUUGGGGCCGGAUAUAAUGUGGAAGGUGAUGGGGUUAUUGGACGCAGGCAGCGUGGCACGAUGCAUUGUGGUGUCUCAAUGGUGGUACGAGAUCGCCGCGGCCGACCGCGUCUGGGCUCCCAAGUGUGAGGAGUUACGGAAGGGGAAAGCACAUAUUCCUCGCUCACCACAGGUUCGGGGAGCUUCAAGAUUAGCAGCUUACUCUAUAUCCAUCAUGGAUGGCAAACGGUGUCUCAUGUUUGCCUUCUGGAUUCAGCAAGCACAGGCUCGCAUUGUGAAGGAGGACCUUUGUGACCAUGUCUGGGAAUUUCAUUUCAGGGAGGCAGCCCCAGAAUACUGGCGAAACCUUGACCCGUUUUGGAACGGCACUGCGCCCCCAAUGCGGCGGUACUUCAACCUGGAUGGCUCCCAGACUGCUGACCCCCAUGAUGAAGUCUGGGGCGGCCACGAAUGCACGUACUGCAUCGUGACCAGUUACGUAGGCGACGGCCAAAUCAGGAACCACUAUGUGAGGAUCAACAGAUGGCCGGGAAUGAGAGUGUCAAGAAAGGAGGAUUGGAGCUGGGAGAUGUCCAACAACUUGUACUGUUACAACAGUGUUCCCGAUGCUGAGAAGGAUGGUGGCACUGGUCCUCUCUUCUUCCCAGUGUGAGUCCUGUUGAACUUGAUCUACAACUACUAAAAGGCUUGUAUACGAAAAAUUGCGAGUUUUGGUAAAGUUAUAUUCUAUGGACUUAGCAAUGGCCCCUAUGAAAAAUACUGGGUUGUUGAUUUUAGUACUUCUUGAUGCUUAUGAAUGGAACUCGAUUACUCAAAACAUUUGAAUCUUUGUAUAUAACACUUGCAUGUGCCGUAGAUGCUUGUAAUAAUUUGCUUUUAUGCUACUGUAUAGUGUUUUAACUCACUCUUUUGUAA